CAAAAGCGAUAAUCUCGCCCUUUCCUCCGCCAGCCUAUCGUUGCGCCUCGCCGUUCCGCCGCCGCUCGCACUCCGCUCUCGCUUCCCCUCGCGUCGCUAUCUCCUCCACUUCAUGCUUGCCGUUGCCGAGGACGCCGUCGCUCUGGCCUCCCCAUCGCGCUUGCCGUUGCCGAGGACGCCGUCGCACGCGUUGUACUCUGGUCGCCGUCGCGCUCGUCCACUUCCUCCGUGCGCCACGCCGCCGCCACCAGCCGUGCGCACUUGACCCCCCCCCCCCUCCCCACUCCAUCUACACGCCGUGUUGUUGUGGGGAAGGGUGAGGCGGGGUGGCGAUUUGGUCCAGCCAACGUCGAACACGACGAAUCGGCGAAAGGGGGUCGGCGGCCGUGCUCAGCUCGUGCAGGCCUCUUCGGCGGCGGCGCUCCCUAUCCCGACUCUGACACUAGCGUAACAGGGAUGGCCGUGGAGAUAUAGAAGAGAUGGAGUGGAGAGAAGUCAUUCGCCCCCAUGGAGCCAGAGUGCGCGCUAGCGACCUCAGAUCAGAUCCCUCGCUGCUGCUGCUGCAAGGAUAAGAUGGGCAAGGGACAAGGAUUGUUGAGUAAUUUUAUUAGCCUGUGAUUUCCUUUAAACUGUCCCAAUCUUGCAUCUCUGUUCAAGCACGAGCAUUCCUGAUGUAACCUCUUGCAUCACUCCAUUGGAGUGCAGAUUACUGAAUGCACAUCACGUUUGUUGCCGAAAUUGGUGUGCAGUUGCUAGAUUAAAGAUCCCUGAACACCAUCCUCCGGGUCUCCAAAAUCACAAUCUACCCACCAGGUGUUCGAUAGAAUGCUUGUAAGUGGUAGGAUACUAUUUGCUACUAAUAUUUCUUUCUCUGUCAAAGUAGCACUGUGGACUACCAGGGAUGAGAUGAAAGGAAGGUCAUACACAGGGUAGGAGAAGAGGAUGAUAUCAGAGAGGUGUCAAGGGAUGAGAUGGAAUUUUUCCUUGGUCAUGAGUUGUGGUUCACUGCUCUAGCACAAGAUGAGUGUGCAACUAACAAAUCUCAGUAGAUAAUUUGAGAUUAGCUUGCUACCUGGUGCCAUUUUGGGACAGUCACUACAGAAGGUUUUCUGUAGAAAGUUUUCUGGGAAUUCUGGGAAUUGGAGGUGGUUCUAAGUGCUAUUGCACUUGAUAUGCUAGAAGGUUUGGAGUUCUGUUGGUGUCGAGGCAUCCCUAUUUUUUAUAAUAUAGUUACAUCCCUGUUUGAAUGGAAGCAAGAUCUUGUUGAUGAGUUAUUAGAACCUACAACUCACAUCCUCAAACAUAUUUCAAGUAGAGAAGAGCUUUUCAAGGAUAAGGUGAGUCACUCUGUUUCUCUGGAUGCUUUUUAAGUGAGAUUCUUUUGAGUUUUAGAUAUCGAUAGAUAAGCUUAGUACUUUCAUGGUAAAUGUAAUGUAUUAUUUGCCUACACUGAAUAGUGUUAGAUCAGUUGCAAAGCAAAAUGAAUGCUGAUCCUUUGAGAAUAUGUAGAAUUGUAUUUCCACUAUACUCUUUUUUUUUUGGGCUAUGAGGAUCUCUUAUAUCCAUUUCUUCUGAAUUAUGGCAAUUUUGUAUUUUUACUUCCUACCUUCAAAUGUAGAUGGAUUCUCACUUCUGAGGAGGUCGUAACUUUCACAAUUCAUGUGCUAUUUUGGCUCAUUACCCUUCCCUGCAGUUGUUGGGCGUAACUUUCACUAGCUCUGCCCUUGCUAUUUGUUAAUGGAUAAAAGUUAUGGGACUUCAGGUUAUCUCUUUGAUCUGUCAUCUGUGAAAUUUUGUUCUGCUAACUGCUUUGCUUCAGAGUUCAUUUCGCUAACAAUUUAGAGAAGUCUUCAAUAUGUAGCCAGUAAAAGAUGACAGCACGCCUUUAAAUUUUGAUGAUUUCAUCUCAGUAGCAGACCUCUUUUUUAGGCAGGUUUCUGUUUCAACUCAGCUGCACUGGCGACGGCGCAACCGCCCUUCACCAGGCUUGACUUCUGGAGAUCCUAGAUCCCCGUCCACCUCCGCUUGCUGCUUCUCUGCACCGGCAUCUCCAGGACCACCGUACAGCAAUGGAUGGAGAUAUAUAUUGGGAUCGAUAUCGUGUGGCACAGCGUCAUCUUCGACGGAGGCAAUGAAAUAGAAGGAAGAAAAAUCCUUUAUAAUUAUUGGAAAGACAAUGGAUCAAAGCAUGAAGGAUGCAUCCUCGACAACAAAUACAAGUUGUGGCGCCACGUGGAGAACUGAUAUGAGAAGCCACGUAGCAGAGCUGGAGUCUAUUUCUCUACAUGAUUGUUUCAUGCUGUUGAUAGACAAUUAGAGCCAUGCUAAGUGGUGAUCCUUUGGACUUUGUCAUAUUCGGUUCUACACAUGGACAGAAAUGACUACUACGGAGGAGAUUCCACCUCCCUAAACCUGAACCAGCUCUGGAAGAGGUUUAGGGGGGAAGAGAAGCCACCGGCCCAUCUAGGUUCAAGCAAAGAUUACAACGUAGACAUGGUUCCAAAGUUUAUGAUGGCAAAUGGAACUUUGGUUCGUACUCUCAUUCAUACUGAUGUGACAAAGUAUUUGUCAUUCAAAGCUGUUGAUGGAAGCUAUGUCUUCAGCAAAGGGAAGAUUCACAAGGUUCCUGCCACUGACAUGGAGGCUCUAAAAUCUCCUUUGAUGGGUAUAUUUGAGAAACGUAGAGCAAGGAACUUUUUCGUUUAUGUCCAAAAUUACAAUGAAGCUGAUCCAGUAACACAUCAGGGGUUGGACCUCACAAGGAUUACAACUAGAGAAUUGAUUUCGAAACAUGGACUGAGUGAUGACACUGUGGAUUUUAUUGGCCAUGCACUUGCUCUUCACAGGGAUGAUCGUUACCUAAAUGAACCAGCCCUUGAUACUGUAAAACGGAUGAAGCUUUAUGCUGAGUCUCUUGCACGCUUCCAAGGAGGUUCGCCUUAUAUUUAUCCAUUAUAUGGGUUGGGUGAGUUGCCACAGGCUUUUGCACGUCUAAGUGCUGUUUAUGGUGGUACUUAUAUGUUAAAUAAGCCAGAGUGCAAGGUUGAAUUUGAUAUGGAAGGGAAAGCAUGUGGUGUUACUUCAGAAGGUGAAACGGCUAAAUGCAAAAAGGUUGUCUGCGAUCCUUCUUACUUGCCUAACAAGGUAAGGAAGAUUGGAAAAGUUGCACGUGCAAUCGCUAUUAUGAGCCACCCAAUUCCAAACACAAAUGAUUCUCACUCAGUUCAGAUUAUUUUGCCGCAGAAGCAACUUGGGCGCAAGUCAGACAUGUAUGUUUUCUGUUGUUCGUACACACACAAUGUUGCGCCAAAAGGGAAUUUCAUUGCAUUUGUGUCUGCGGAAGCUGAGACCGAUAAUCCUCAGUCUGAGCUCAGGCCUGGAAUUGAUCUACUUGGUCAAGUAGAUGAGCUGUUUUUUGAUAUGUAUGACAGAUAUGAACCUGUCAAUGAGCCAUCUCUUGAUAAUUGCUUUGUCUCAACGAGUUAUGAUGCUACUACACACUUUGAGACAACUGUGACAGAUGUUCUCAGUAUGUACACAGCGAUUACCGGAAAAACUGUUGAUCUCAGCGUUGACCUGAGUGCUGCCAGCGCUGCUGAAGAAUACUAGAGAUCUUUGCAUUUACUCAUGACAUCAUACUUUUUAAGAACAGCGCUAGACAGGCCUUGCGCCCUUACCCUGUGAUUCGCAAAGUUACUUCAGCUCCACCAUUGUGGUGUUCGGAUCCAUGCUUGCAGCAGCAGCAGCAUUGUGCAAAGUUGUUAGCUAGAUGAUAAUGGUGGUUCUUUUGUUACUUACAUGAUGAUCGAAUGGCUGUAAUCUUUAAACUGUGCUCGCUUUGCUAGAACUCUUCAUACUCGUCAGUGGUGUAUGUGUAUCAUAAUCACUUUAUAGCUAUGCAUCUCUGUCUCUUUCCCGUAGCUUCAUGCCCCAACAGUGGUUCACGGGAGAGCCAAAGCAUGUUAACUUGUGUGCCGUUCUAUA